CCCGAAUCUAUGGUGGUCCAGCAUAGAAUUGUGACCCAAUUGAGGUUAAAUAGUCCCUUUCCUAUUUAGAUAAUAAAGUAAAGAUCUUUUGUGUUUUUGUUAUGUGAUUGUUAAUUAUUUUAGUUGUUUCGUGUACAUUAUUUGUGCUAUUUAACAUAAUUAUGAUCUGCAAGUGAUUUCAAAACUUGAAAUAAUUCAAAAUGUGUUAAAAUCUACAAUUCACGAAAGGCAUACACAACAACAAAAAUUAUGUGGAAAUGCCAUAAGUGCGGAAAACCUGUGUAUUUUGCUGAAAGGAAACAGUCAUUAGGUUACGAUUGGCAUCCGGAGUGUUUGCGUUGUGAAGAGUGCGGAAAAAGGCUGAAUCCAGGGCAACAUGCGGAACAUAAAGGAGUUCCGUAUUGUCAUGUGCCUUGUUAUGGUGCAUUGUUUGGGCCACAAUUAUUUGGACAUGGAACAAGAGUUGAAUCCCAUAAAAGUUUUGGGCAACAAAAGACUUCACCCAAAUCAGGAAAUGGACCUUCUAUUCCUCGAUCGCAAAUAGAAAAUAAAUUGAAGAUUUACAAUAACUUUUUUGAUGGAAAGAGUGGAGAAAUCCGCAGUCGAGAAGUUAACAAUAGAUUAAUUUUGGAAGGAUCUUUGCGUAUCCAUUGGGGUGUACAUGGUGUUAUACACUUAAAAGAGGAUGAUGAUCAACGCACUGUUGUAACUAUUCGGAAGAGAAACUCUUGUCGUGCUAACAGUGGAUCUGAAUUUGAUUCAGGAGAUGAAACAACAUGUAAUGACAUAUCUCUCGAUUCACUUUCUAAAGAUUCGAGCUUAUUGACAUCAGGUGACAACAUGACUGAUAGUAUGACUUCUGAUACGGGGAUAGAUGACAUCAAUAUGGACACAAGUAGCAGCAAUUCUGAAUUAAAUUUAACUGCUUCAGUAUCUAAAGACAUAUCACCAAAAAGCCUGACAUUACCUUCUAAAGUGGAUACCAAAUCUGUGGAAUGGGAUGAAUUAGAUGAUCUGUUACAAGUGGAAAGAAAACUAGAUGAAUCACAAAAAUUAUAUCAAACCAUGCCUGAGCCUUUGCCUUCUUCUCAAUCUUCUUGCUUGGAUGGAGAUUUAACAAGCGAUUCAAGUCCAAUUAAAAUUAAUGGGAAUGUGGAAAGUUCAGAUGCAUCAGACCCGUCGUGGUUUGGAUCAAAUGGACAUCUGAAUAGAUCCAUGUCAGGACCUGACUGUUUAGAAAGGAACCGUAAAGAAAAGGAAGAUUUAAGUAUUGAGGAUUCUACUGUAACAGAUACUAAUCCCACAGAUGAAGAGGCUGUUAUGAGGCGUCCACCGAAAACAGGUUCUACUGCAAUAAAACGUAGGCCUGGUCGAAGGCUUUCCAGGUCUAAGAUAAAGAGAAGAUGCUCAAUAAAUGGUCAUUUUUAUAAUAGGGAAACAAGCUUUUUUACACCACCGCACGGAAGUCAAAUGAGCGUUUGGGUGACUUCUCUUGUUAGUACCCACGAAGUUAUCAAUCUUUUGCUGGAAAAAUACAAAGUAGAGAGUGAUCCAACCAAUUUUGCUUUAUUCAUUGUUCGAGAUAACGGAGAACAAAGGCGCCUGAAAGAAGACGAAUCCCCUUUAUUAGUAAGGGUUUUACUUGGGCCACAUGAAGACGUCGCUCGUUUAUUUUUAAUGGACAGUCAAAAUACUCCAGAAGUUAGUAAUGAGGUUGCACAGUUCUUGAAUCUCUCGGUUCCAGAAUUACGAGCCAUUUUAAAUCAGUAUUAUUCGCAGGAGGAAAAAGAAAUAAUGAAAAUCCAGGACAGGUACAAGGAAAUGAAAAGAAGGAUCAAAAAUCGAAUGGAAGAAUUAAAAGUUCGUUUGUAAGGUACAAUAAGUUUUGAUAAACUUAUACAAAAUGGGGUACAACUCAAUUGUACUUUACCCUAUAUUUUAUAUGUAUUUUUUAACUAAUGCUAGUCAGUUAAGUCAGUCUACAUAUAAUUGGGACAAUAUUAGUUAUUCAACUAAUAAGAUAAACAAAUUCCAGCUAAAAUAUGAAAUAAUCAAUUAUUAAUCAAAUAUUUAACUUCAAGCAUUAUUAACUCACUAAAUGUGUAUAUAUAUAUAUAUA